AUGGAUGACGACGCCAGAUUUACCGAAUUCACGGUCGAUGAACUGAAGGAGCAAUAUGCGGCCCUUCUACAGCACCUCUACGAAGUGCAACAAAGACAUGACGAAAAGCAGGCCAUCUUGAGAGGACACGAAAUGGAACAUAUGUGCACAUUCAGGGCGUCAAACCACAAGAGAUUCGAGGAAUUCGUAGAGCAGAGCGUGAAGACCGAAGCGGAAGACAUAGGAAAUACCGAAAGGGAUCUAUCGACUAUUCGCCGUCGUCUUAUCCAGCUUGGUGACAACGUAUCGGUAUCGCCGACGGGGAGUGCAAGGUCUGUCGGAGGGGGAGGGGUAGGAAUAUCUCCGCGGCAGAAUGGCAGCAGUGGGAAUUCCAGAAAAUCACCUCCUCCGGCGGAAAGGCGAUACUCGCCAAAGCGAGGGCGAAUAACCAGAUGGCGCCUAAAAGCAGACGACGUACGCCCAGUCAUAGACAGAGCCUCCGCCGAGCCGAGUCCAGGCAAGAGCAUCGCAGGCUCCGAAGGAUUUCGCUCCAGAAGCCGUACGAUUCCGAGAUCACCAGAUCCAGAGUUGGAUCAAUAUCUGGAUGAGCAUCGAGAGAAGUAUCGCAAGGAGCAGGAAGAGAAUUUGGGGAAGUAUGGAUUGCCGGGGGUGGAGUCUGAAUGA